AAGGCGCAACGCGUGACCACGCUGCAAGACAGCGCGAGCAUCGUCUACAUUGGCGACGGCGUCAACGACCUCCUCGCACUGCUCGCAGCCGACGUCGGCAUCGUCUUUGGCAGCCCGAAUGCGUCGGCGUCCCGUGUCGCGCGGCAUUUUGGCGUGCGCCUUGUCGAUCUCGCAGACGAAAAAGCUUUGUCUGUCGCGGCGUUGGCGGCCCAUGCGGCGACAGCCAAGGCAGAAAACGCACCCUUGCUCUUCCGCGCACCGUCGUGGCACAUUCUUGGCCUGUUUCUGCGCUAA